AUGACAUUCCCGUGGGGUAAAUAUUUGGGAAAUGUGAUCACCGGUGAGCAUUACCGCUUCGUGUCGAUGCUGACUGCGCGUAGUUCAUACAUCGCCGCGUUCUUCAUCAUGCUCGUAUUUACUGUGUCUAUAUCGAUGCUGCUUCGCUACGCUCACCAUCAAAUAUUCGUUUUCAUUGUGGAUCUGCUGCAAAUGCUGGAAUUUAACGUGACAGUAUCAUUCCCAGCAGCGCCUCUUUUAACGGUCAUUCUUGCGUUAGUUGGAAUGGAGGCCAUAAUGUCCGAGUUCUUCAACGACACGACAACCGCAUUCUACAUUAUCCUCAUUGUCUGGAUAGCUGACCAAUACGACGCCAUAUGUUGUCACACAGCUAUAGCGAAACGGCAUUGGUUGAGGUUCUUCUAUCUGUAUCACUUCUCCUUCUACGCUUACCACUACCGGUUCAAUGGACAGUACAGCAGUCUGGCGCUCGUCACCUCUUGGCUAUUUAUCCAGCAUUCCAUGUUGUACUUCUUCCACCACUACGAGCUGCCAGUGAUACUACAGCAAGCUCAACUACAGCAACUCUUGUUGCGUAGCCACCACGGCAUGGGAGGUAUGAUGGGCUUAGCAGGGAUAGCGGCAUUGGCCAGUGGAACCGCAUAUCAUGAUGCCCCGGGAACUGGUACCCAAGCCACUCCCCCCACAACUCAGUCCACGACGCAGACCGUACAAAACACCGUUCAAUCUACCACGCAAACGACUCCUUCAGUUUCCACCGUUCAGACUAAUACCACUCACACGGGUGACGUCAUAUCAUCUCGCAACGUCACCACUGAAACUAGCGCUACAGGAACGAACACAGUUAGCAAUGAUAAUGAGGAGCGCGCAGCAUCCAAUACCAACGCGGAGAACAUUACCAAUUCAAUCAAGAAUUCACGCGCCUCAGAAACAGGCAUUAAUAUUCAAGAAAUCAAGCGAAAAACUUCUGACAGCGAUAUUAAGAUAAUACACAAUGAUAAUGUAAGUACCAUACGCAGUGCUAAAAACGAUUCUCCGAGUGAAUCCAACAAUGCAAAUGAAGAGAACGGUAACGCAGAAGUACCGAGUCUGACGCUGGACCGUCGACGGAAAUAUGGAGUAGCGGGCGCUGAUAAUGAGCCUCCAACUCCAACCGAGGGGGCCACAUCGAGACUUGCUCCCAGGGCUUCGCCCGAGGCUGACGAUUUGAUUUAG